AUGGCACUGUCCGUGAAUGUUCUUGUUCCUGCCUUUCUGCUCCUUUUCUUUGUGCAAGGGGCGAGAUCGGAGAAGUGCACGCCGGCGAGCAUAGAGGUGCUGCAGACAAGCAACGGGGAGAAGGCCGGGGUCGACCCGGUAUUCGAGGUGAUGGUGCGGAACCGUUGCGAGUGCGCGGUUCGCGGCGUGAUCCUCGGCUCCAAGGGCUUCUCGAGCUCGUUGCCCGUCGACCCAAAGCUGUUCCGGAAGGAAGGCAACGGCUACCUCGUCGGGGACGGAAGCCUGAUCCAGAGCGGAGCCGUGGUGCAGUUUCGGUACGCCUGGGACCGCGCGUUCGAGAUUGGCCCUCUCGCCGUGCAAGAGGACUGCUCUGGACUCCAUGAGUUCACCGUGUAA